UUUCACGGCCCAUGUCCAAAACAUCCUUAAAACUCAACAAAACCCUAGCUCCUCCUCAGGACCUCAUCGAUCUAACCAAACCCUAGAGUAAGAGAAAAAUCGGCAGAAAUGUCGAAGCGAGGACGUGGAGGAUCGGCGGGGAACAAGUUCAGGAUGUCGCUGGGUCUGCCAGUGGCGGCGACGGUUAAUUGCGCUGACAAUACCGGAGCGAAGAAUCUGUACAUCAUUUCGGUGAAGGGGAUUAAGGGGCGUCUCAAUCGCCUGCCAUCUGCUUGUGUUGGAGAUAUGGUGAUGGCUACCGUUAAGAAGGGAAAGCCCGAUCUGCGUAAGAAGGUCAUGCCAGCUGUCAUCGUACGGCAGCGCAAGCCAUGGCGCCGAAAGGAUGGCGUCUUCAUGUACUUCGAAGAUAAUGCUGGGGUUAUCGUGAAUCCCAAGGGUGAGAUGAAAGGUUCUGCCAUCACUGGUCCAAUUGGAAAGGAGUGCGCUGAUCUUUGGCCUCGGAUUGCAAGUGCUGCCAAUGCCAUUGUUUAGAUGUAGAAGUUUGAAGUGGUCGGGAAUUUUUGUUUUUCGAGUUCUUUUGAAGUCUUUAAGGUCUGAUGUUAGAAAUUUAUGUGACACCUAUACUAAACAAGUUGCCAUUUUUGUGGAAAGUCAGAUUCUUUACCGGUUUUCUGAUUUCUAUGGUUGUUUUUUAGUUCAAUUAAUAUGGAUUAUUGCCUAUAUGAUUGUAGCAAAGUUGUGCCAUGUAUGUGUUAAUUGUAGAUGUGUCAGCUCUCGGGCUAUUCCUGUUGACUCUUCAUGGUGGUACUUGCAAUUCGCUUGGGAGUA